CUCCCGAGCGUGAAUCCGCCUGGAGCCAAACUUCGAACUUAUUUGGGGGGUUCUAUGCUAUUGGCACUCGUGCCAUUGUGCUACGAUACAAGACUUGGUUUCCAAUCUCAACUGCAGCCUCGCGCAAGGUCAUCCUGAAGGUAUGGCAGCAAGUCAUGGAUAGUCUGCUCUACUUUGCUAACAGCACGAAGGCGGCUGAGAAUCUUUCGCCAUGCCUCCCCCAACACUAGCUCCGCCCACGGAUGAUGACUGGCGAGAAUGCCUUUUUAUACGUGCACUUUGGGCUCUUCGGGUUGUGGAACGCGACGACGCUGUGACCGGAACGAUAAUCGUCGACUUGGACGAAGACUUUGUGAUUCCUGCUGGGAAGCACAGCAUCGUCGCCAUCGCUGAGCGACGUGACCAUUCAAUCCAUCCUAUAUCAGCAAUCGCGGACGAAGUGCGUCCGUGUCACCGAUUCGAAGCACAUUGCUUUUUCCCGGUAUUCCCUCUUGACUGGGCCUCGGUUGCCGUCAUGCAUGUCGACUUGGACAACGACGUUGUCCUCCCUGCCGGAAAGCACACCAUUCUUGCCGUUACCCGCGGCGGUGACUAUGCCACCAAUGCCGCGUCAAAUCUCGCUGAGACCGAUGCGAAUGAUGGUAGUGUGUCUGAGGAAACAGUCACUGAUGGUCAGAAUCCGAUCUACACCCCUGGCUCCAACAUGAGCUGUGCCAGCGAUGCAGUAGCAGCGGCUAGUGCACCAGCUAAUCCUCAGAAUCACGUCCCGAUUGCGGAUAUCGCUGCUCUUGUCGAAUCGCUCAACGCUUCUGAAUGCCUUCCCCUCUGCUGGAAAAUGCUCAUUGGCAAAUUGACCUUUCGCCUGGAAGGUACACGUGAUUCCAAUGGGAGAUCCGACUACACCCACGCCGAGCUUUUUACAGUCAUUGCCCAGGCCGCAACUGAAGCACACACUGGAUGGACAUGGCUCUACCCGAUUAUCCACCGCACAACCCGAACUCCGAUGUGGUCGGCUGAUGAUUCGACCUUUGCAGAUGAUCUUCAUGGUGCACAGGAGAUGCUGCAAAAGUUCAAGACAUGUUUGCUCCAUUUUCGUGGCAUAGAAGUCUCUAUUGACACGUUCGAGCGUUACGGCCUCUGGUCAAUUGAUUUUCUUGCGUCGGGGAGCGGCAAAUCUGCAUUUGCCGUAAGCCUGCUAGGUUUUUGGCCGCAUCUGAAGCCGUCCAUGUUUCUCCGAGACGAUAAGGGUUCGUCUCGGCCGGUCCAUGAUUCUGUAUCGAAGGGAUUGGGUCGGUUCAUGGAAGUUUUUACCCAUGCAGUCAGAGAAGUGUUGCCACUUGUGCAGAAAACAGUCAUUGCAGGUAUCAUACACGAUGAGGAACAAAUGACCGAGGCCGUCUUGGCGGCUGGGCAUGUAUUCGCGGAGCUCAUGGAUCUGGCAUACGUCCGUAACCGGAUGCACAAGGAUAGGUAGGCUCCACGAAAUCUUUUCGUAUCUUUCACCCAGAAGAGCAGUUGGAGAUCAUGAACAAACGUGGCUUGGUCGCAGAACACGGGUAUUUGAUGCCAUACAUAGCACAUGACAAAACAAUCGCAAGGGUCCUCAGAAAAG